AUGUAUGCCAUUUUGGAGGAACUCGCCAAGCUUCGGAGCCAGACCGAACACUUGGCUAGGGAAAAUGAAGAUAUGCAACGCAAACUGGUGGACAAGGAGGCGGAAAUAGCCCAAAUUGCACAAGCGCUUCACCUCGUGCGAGAAAAACUGUCUGUGCAGCAGCCAUUGGUGGAACCAAUUCACCCAAAUCAGGAUCAUCCCGUGGCCGGAGAAGAGUUUCUGGGUCUGUUACGCUCCCUGGCCGUAAAACACUCAUUGGGAGCCUUCACAGACGUAUCGCCUGGCACUCAUCAGACAAAUGUUUCAUCUGGAAACGCGGCCGCCAUGUCGCCAAGUCGUGAACCCGCAUUUGGCGGAAUGAAGACUAACAACGACCCGAAAGCGAACUCUACAAGCAGCGAAAACGCGGAUGAUUUGGAGACCGACGGCGAAUUAGACAAGGAUAGUAUAUCCGACAUAUGCCCAGCAGCCCCCAGGUAUAGGCGACCCCCGAGUGCCCCUUUGGCUCGGGCCGAGACGCCCCUCGGCUCCUUAUACAGUUCCGUUUCAUCCCUCAGAACAGUAGACGAAGUCCAGUUUCGUAGUGGCCUCUCCUCUCUCGAUGCCCAGAUUGCGAAGUUGCGUUUAUCCCUCUCUUCACAGUAG